GCUGCUGCAGAGCUUUCGGGUUACACUGCAGACAGACACAGAGACAUUGUGGUGUCCUAAAACUGUUCUCAUCAAAAACAGGGCCAAAAAGUUCCAAAGUAUCCAUACUGAGGCCUGGAUUGUACUGUGGGUGGACAAUGGUGCAAUAUUUUGCAUUCUACUAAUAAGGAACCUUGGAAGAGAGGCAACAUGACCAAACAGAGAUAUGGUCGCUAUAGCAACAUGGAGGAGGAUGAGUAUCAUGUCCCUGAUAAACAUGAAGAAGAGUUCUUGGUGCACAUCCUUCCUGCCAGAGCCUCCGAGUCAGACAGAGACUAUGCAGAUAGGGACAUUUCCAGAUCCUCCUACGCUCAGAGAAUCAGCUCCACUUCAAGUGGCAGCCCUAUCAUACCCCCACGACAUCCCAAAAGAGCCCUCCCUUGUACUUCUCCAGGAAAUACCGGACCUUCUGUCAACCGCCAACUGAAGCCCAGAAAAGCAAGGAGGACCCAGUUAGAUGACAGAGCACAAGUCAUGGAGCCUACAGAACAGAACAUGCUACUCCCACCAAGGUCCCCACCAUCCUUACCUAAGGACCUAAUGAACAAGCUGUCUGGGCUGAACCUCCAGAGGCCCUGCAGGAGAGACAGACAGAGAAGACAGCAAAAUGUGGAAUGCAAUACACCUUCAAAUAGUAAUUGUUUAAGGAGAGAGCAAACUAUCCAAAGAUAUUCACUGGACCUUGAAUCUCAACUCAACACAGACAUAAGGUUACAACAAAGGCACAAUAGCCCAGAAGAGUCCUCAGUGAAGCACCAACAACACCAUGAGUGGCCUCAAACCAAAGAUGACGUGGAGCAGCAUGACUUUGUCCCCAAGGAAAGACCGUGUCAGACUUACAAUGAACAAGACUGGUACAUAGGAGCUUGUGAUCGAGCAGAGGCUGAACAUGCCUUACACCUGGUGAAUAAGAAUGGGGCAUUUUUGGUGCGGAAUUGCUCAAGGAACACGAAGAGUGAUCCCUUUGUCUUAGCAGUGUUUCAUGACAAGAGAGUUUUCAACGUUAAAAUUCGGUUCAUUGAUAGCACCUCCAAGUAUGUCCUUGGGACUGGGCAAAGUGCCAAUGAUAUGUUUGAUUCUGUGGCAGACAUCGUCAGAUUUCACUCCAUAUUCCCUGUCGUCCUGAUCAAUGGGAGGAACCAAUUAGCUAACAGAUAUCAGGGGAACUGUGUGUUGACAUACCCAAUCACAAAAGAGGUUGUCAACCAACUGUUGGAAUGAAAGGCCCUCUGUGCCCAAGCAAUAACUAUCACAUUUUGUCUGAGUUGAUCCACUGGAUUUGUCUGUAUUUAUCUGUUUUGUAAUGUGCUAUUUUUUACUAUAAAUUGUCACAUUUCGCUCUCUACUCUGUACAUAGACUCACCAUUGUCUUGCAUCUGAGUACAUGUACUGUAUAGACAUUAUGUAAACUUGCCUACAUAAAAAGUUUUAAGGAAGCAUUGAGACUGACUUAGAAAUAUUUUUUUAUGUUGCAAAAGUAGAACAGAUAAUUCAAGUAUAAAUCAAGGAGUCACUGCUAAUACAGACCAGGAAGGCAAUUUCUCUGUGUCACACUUCUGUGUGAAGAACAAAUCAAUAGAUAUCUCACAAAGAUUUAUGCAUGAAUACCAACAGGUCCGUUCAGUUGAUGAGUUACCAGCCUCAUCAUCUGAGCACCCACCACGUCUAUUUCUACGGGCACAAGCACUGUUCAUGACACAAACUUUUCACACCCCUCUUGUUGGUGGAGAGAAUUUUGCAGGUUUAAAGCUUAUUUCCUGCAGUUCUACACAUUUUGUCAUGGGGUGCAAAGAACAUUUUAUAGUUUUAAAGCAAAUGUUCUUGCAAUUCUAUACAUUUUGCUAUGUAUAGUGUGUAUUAAUGUGUUAUUUGAGUGACUAAAAUUAAAACAAUAUCUAUGGCCUGAAAAAACUAAAUUAAAAAAACGUUAGCUGACAUGGGCUUGUUGAUCUGGACAUAUCAAACAAGUUAUUAAUAGCACUGUAAGUAAUGAAAUGACUGACAUGACAAGAGGAACUGAUGAUGCACUUCCCAAUUUCGAAAUAGCACCUUGUGCAUUCGACUAUUACAACAUUCAAGAGUACAUUUAAAGCCGGACUGAGUUCCGGCUUUAAACGUGUAUUUAUAUAUAAACAUGUUUGGGGGCUGGGAGCACGCCCCAGUGUUUGGGAAACACUGGUCUACUUGGUCACAGUCAUGUAGGAAUAAAAUUAAUAUCCUGAUUGGCUGCAUCACUAGGACUCUUAGUCCUAGUGACAUAGAAAUGCUCUCUCAAACACAAAGAUGAGUUUAGAGAUUAACUACUCCGUGAUUCUACUGGUUCUCACUGGAGCAGUUUACACCUCAAUUCUAAAUACGAUUCUCAUUUCAUUAUCUUGGGUUAUUCUACUAUUAAUGUCCAGAGGGGUAUAACCAAAUCCCAGAAUUAUUCAGAGUUCUGCACAUGUGAGCAUAAAAUGGUGCACAGUGGAAUUAGAGUUUCCUAAUGAGAAGGUACUAUAGAGCCGGGUUCUCCAAACUCAGUCCUCGGGUGCAUGUUUUUGUUUUUGCAGAGUACUAAACAGCUGAUUCAAAUAAUCUAAACUUGAUGACGAGUUGAUUAUCUGAAACCAGCUGUGUAGUGCUAGGAGG